UUUUCCUUGUAUGAAAAAUGAAACUCUCAGAAAUGACAAUGAAAAAUUCAUGGGUUUUCUUCUUCGCGUUACUUCUCCUCGCCUCUCCUCUGCCCCAGGUUGCUAGGUGUCAAUCAGAAACAGAGGCAGAUAUUGAAGAUGUUGAAGGAGGUAAUCUUGGGAUUGUUGGUGAGGAUAUUCAGGCUUUUAGUGAUGGCAAAUUUGACCCAGCUCCUGGAGUUGAAAUUAUCUGUUUUUUCCCCAAAAGUGGCGCCAAAUUGGUUCCAGCUGGAGAAGAGACAGAACUCCUUGUUGGGAUGGAAAAUGUUGGGGAGUCACCUGUGAAUGUCAUUGCAAUUGAAGCUAGUGUUCAUCUCCCUUAUGAUCAUCGCUUGCUUGUUCAAAAUCUUACCGCACAGGUCUUUGAAAAAGCAUCUGUCCCCCCUUCGACACAAGCUACAUUCCCUUACAUAUUUGCUGUUAGCAAGUACUUACAGCCCGGAACUUUUGAUCUCGUGGGUACAAUUGUCUAUGAGAUUGACCAGCACCCAUACCAAAGUACUUACUAUAAUGGUACCAUCGAAGUUGUUGAGGCUGGUGGUUUCCUAAGUUUUGAGUCCGUUUUUCUUGUUACCCUUGGGAUUUCCCUUGCCGUUCUCCUUGGUUUAUGGCUUCAUGGUCAAUUUAAGCGGGUCUCCAAGAGAACUAAGAAGGCUCCGAAGGUGGAAGUCGGAACCAGGACUACUGAUGCCUCACUGGAUGAGUGGCUUCAGGGAACAUCUUACUCUCGGUCGACUUCGAAGUCGAAGUAGGUUGGGGAGUGCUUGUUAAGGUGAGGCAACUGAAACGCUUGCCAAGUCAUUCUGAAAUUCUAAAGUGGUUUCAGAAUUAGGCCAGUAAUAGGCAUAACUUGCUGUUGUAGCAUGUCAAAGAAUUUUCUUUUUCUUUUUUCCCCCUUUUGAAGAGGAUACUGAAAUUGAGUAAUUU